AUGUUAUCUAUACUCGUGCUCGGGGCCCUGCUGGCUUGUUCCGUGUUGAUCUUAUAUUUGGUGAAGAAGAGGAGAAGGAGGUAUUUGGAGUUGGCUGCGUUGGUGCCGACGUUUGAGGGGAGGUUGCCGAUUGUCGGCCAUAUGUAUAAACUGAUUGGGGGGAGUGAACGGUUUUGGGAGAAUGUCAAACUCGCCAGCAUAGCAGCUGAAAAAGCUGGUGGUGUCAUAUCUCUCUGGGCGGGGCCUAACGUGAUAUUCGUCAUCAACGACCCAGACGACGCCAUGACAGCACUGAACACGUGUUUAGAGAAGAGCUAUAUCUACAAGAUGGGCUCUAGUUGGGUCGGAGAUGGCCUCAUCACUGCCGAUGUGCCCACAUGGAAGCGGAACCGCAAGCUACUGAACCCUACAUUCAGUCAGCACGUUCUUGACGGGUUCCUGUCCAUAUUUAAUCGGCAAGCAGUAUUGCUGGCACAAGACCUAGUGGCUGAGGCUGGUAAAGGUCCAUUCGACCCUACGGAGUAUCUCACUGAGAGGACCUUGGAGAGUGUGUGCCAGACGGCUGUUGGCAUAUCACUGGACGAUAGAUCGGUCAUCGACACAAAAUACAAGAAAGCCGUAGAGACAGCGUUCGACGUGCUAGCGCAGAGACUGGCUAGCUUCUGGCUUCAUCCCGACUUCAUUUACCGCUUCACGGCGUUGAAGCAGAAGGAGGAUAAUGCUAUGGCUACGCUUCACAACAUGUCGAGAAGUGUUCUACACAAAAGAAGAAAGGAACGCCAAGAAGCAAGGCUAGCUAACACAUCAUCUCGCCGCUUCAUAGCCUUCCUUGAUCUACUCCUCGACCUGGCCGAAGACGGUUCCUUCACAGACGAUCAAAUCCAGCAGGAGCUGGAUACCCUCAUCGCAGCAGGUCAUGAUACGUCGGCCCGAGCUCUCAUCUCCACUCUAGUGCUCGUUGGGACACACUUGGAUGUCCAGAAGAAGAUUUAUGAAGAAAUAAUGGCGGUACUCGGCUCCAGCGCGGACUUGUGCAAAGAAGACAUGGCGAAGCUGGUGUACACGGAGGCGGUCAUUAAAGAGGUGUUGCGCAUCAGCCCUGUGACUCCCAUUAUCGCAAGGGAUAUCGACAAGGAACUCAAACUUAAGAACUACACCCUCCCAGCGAGCAGCGGAUGCAUCGUAUCCUUCUGGGGCAUGCACCGCCUUCCGAUUUGGGGCCCGGACCGCUUGGAGUUCAACCCAGAGCGUUGGCUGGACCCCUCCAAGCUGCCUCAGAACCUUGGCUGCUAUGGUGCCUUUAGCCUUGGAAGGCGGAACUGCAUAGGAAAGAACUACGCAUUGAUGUCGGUGAAGACGAACCUCGUGCACUUGGUACGAAAGUUCCACAUUACCGCCGACUACAGCAAAGUGAAACGAAAGUACGAUUUGCUGCUCAAGUAUGUGGAAGGACAUCACAUCGCAUUAGAACUUAGGAAUUAG